AUGCACCUCCAAUCCAAUCCAAUUCAAUUCAUUGUCAUCUCUACCGGUAUAGUUCACUUUCAACUGUAUGAUCCCGACCUUAAACAGUAAUUUCUUCACGAUAUCAUAAGAGUCUCCCAGAAUCGGUCGAUUAUUAAUAUGAAUUAGACGCUUAUAGUUAAAAAGAGUCCACUUUCAAUUGCAAUCGGGAGGAACUUGAAAAGGGCAUGACUUCCCAAAAAUAAGGGGCCGCAAGAGAGAAUUGAUGGGCCGAGAAAAGCCCACUAUUCCUGAAACUGGAGUUUCAGAUUGUUUAUUAAAUCCUUAGCCUGGGCUUGCCCGACCGUCUGUUUGAGCCCAAUAUCAGAGCGAACCUCGGAAGAACUGUUGGACGCAAAAACCCUAGCUACUCUGCUAUAAAGUCAAAUUCCCCUGAAGCUCUCCUCAGCCGCUUGAAUCCCAAUAUCCCAUCACCUUCUUCAUUCUCUUAGCUGCCCUCUUGAACUGAAUCUGGUCGUUCUUCCUCGUACUUUGUUUCAGUCAAUUCGUUUUUCAAUACUUUGUUGGUUUUGGAAUUGGGGAAGCUUUCUGAAAGAGGUUACGAUGAGGAUCCACGCUCCCUCUUCUGAUUUUAAAUUGAGGAAAUCAGCUGGCAGAAUCGAACCUAAUAUCACCGCCAUCACUGAGUAUCCUCUUUUGUCUUCCCCAGUUUUGAAAUCUUGAGAAAAAAUGUCGAGAUUUGUAUCAAUUUCAUGAUCUUUGGGUUUCAGAAUCAAUUGGGUUUCCUUCCAUUGUCGUUUCUGUUUUUCAGAAUUUGUUGAGAUGGGGAUGAAGCAUACAUAUAUCACAAUCCAACACUUGAUCUGAUUGGCAAUUUGAUCAAUUGUCAAGUGAUGUUAAGAUAUUUGCUUGCUGAAUCUCUACCAUUUAAAAGUUUACUGCUUUUUACGUUCGUCUCUCUGUUUUUAGAUGCCAUUGGCGAUGAGAUGGUUGGUCAGUUGAUGAAAAUUGGAUGAUGUUUUUUCCCCAUAAAAAUGUUAUCUUUCAGUUUAGAAUGGAAAAUGGUUUCUGGUUUUUUGUUUUGAUUGAUGGAAAUGAGAUCGCGGUGAUGACUCUAUGAAAUUCAAGCUCAACAGACCGGAUUACAGGCCCUCUCUAUUACAGAGAGUGAGUUUGUAUGGCGACAACCCCGCUGAACUGAGCGAUCUCUACUUUGUUGAAUCAAAGCUUUUUUCAACUUGUUUUUCCAUUCCAUGGUUAAAAUCUUUUUUUGCAGCUGCAUCUCUUUGCCUGUUUCCCAGAAAAAGCAUGUAAACUGAAAAAAUCCAUCUACAAGCUCAAACCAAGUAAACAAAUCAAGGGAUCCCUGUAAUCCUACUCUAUGUGGAUGACAUAAUACUGUCAUGAGAUAAUCCGAACAUGAUACAAGAGGCAAAAGACUUGAAAAUAAAUUUAUAUUUCAAAUUGCCAAUCCUAAAUGAUUUCUUAAGGAUACUACAUUUUGGUCCUAAUAGUGUGCACCAAAGAACAAUUGCUUCUGAAAUUUGAAAAUUGCUUUUAUUCGAGCUCUUUUUUCAGUUACCUACUUUUAUAGAUUAUGACAUACAAAAAAGAAGAGUUGAGAUGAUCAUACAUAACAUAGAAAUCACACUUCGAAAGGGUGGACAAUUAGCUAGAGCUGCAGGUAAUGUAGCGAAACUUAUUUGCAAAAGAAGGGAAAUCGGCCACAUUAAAAUUACUUUAUGGAGAGGUGCGUUUAAUAUCCAAAAAUUACUCAGCAAAGUCAAGGACAUUAUUUGCUUCGUGAUUUCUUAAGGAUUUAGUAUUGAUGGUAAUUUCUGACAUAAUUCGCGGGACCUGAUUUGUUUUGAUCUGUUUGAGGUGAGUAUUAUUAGACUCGUUCCAUUUUCGAUCCGUUUUAUUAUGAAUUACUACAUCAAUUUCUAUAUGUAUGUCUCAUUUUUUUUUUUUUUUACAUUUCUAAAAUCAUACUUUCAUCCAAACAAGAUAUACAACUAUAUCUUUCAAUUAUUUAUACUCAACUAAUCUUCUGCUAUAUUUUUCUUUAGUUUAUGAAGCGUCUUCUCUAUAUAUCUUCUUGUAAAAGAGUUGAAUAUCGACAUUUUUUUUCAAAUAACUUAUAAGAACAGGCUGACUCGCCUCACCCUAUACCCGUGCGGGCAUUACCUGAUCUAAUUUACACUUAGUAUGGAGCGACCAUAGAUGUUGAGGUACCCAUCCCGUCCCAUUACCUACACUAGGAUUUAGGCAGAGGAUUGCAGUGUUUUGGAGUCAGUAUGGCACAUGGACUGGGCCAAUACAUUCAACCAAGUUAGAGAAGAAUAUGGCCCAAGAAGAGAGGUGGAGAGAGCUCUCAGCAGCAAGGUGGGUUUUCGUUUGUGCAUUGCAUGUGGGUUCCUGAACAAAGCCCCACACGGUUUCUUUUUCUCCCUCAAAAUUCAAUCGUGAAAGUUGUAGGGUUGAAUGGCCCGUCCAAUUUUCUUGCCGAAUGUACUGUAGUUUCGGAUGGGUGGGUGCAUCGGAAUAUUUCAAAGGUUUCUAAAAUUCAAAUCCUAAUUUUCAAAAUGCAACAAGCAAAUGAGCCUAUGUGCUCGACAAAGUCCAAUUGUUGGAUUUCUAGUGUAGUUUAAGAAACUUGUGGUAUGAUUUAUGAGGUUUAUGAUUUGUGUUUAAGAAAUUUGUGGUAUGCUUUAAUAAACUUGUGAUAUGUUUUUUAUGAGGAUUCUGGUUCGAUUUAGAGAAAUUGUGGUAUUCUUUAUGAGUUUUCUAGUCCGCUUCAGGAAACUUGUCGUAUGCUUUAUGAGGUUUGUGGUAUGCUUCUGGCAUCUGGGAACUUGUGGGCUACUUUAUGAGUUUCUGGUAUGCUUCAAGGAAUUUGUGCUCUUUUUAUGAGACUUGUGGUAUGCUUCAUAAAACUUGUCAUAACUUUAUGAGGUUUUAUAGUAUACUUCAUGGAACUUGUGGUAUGCUUUAUGAUAUUUGUGGUUUGCUUCAAGGGUGUUGUGGUAUGCUUUAUGAGGUUUCUGGUCUGCUCCAGGAAACUUGUCGUCUGCUUUAUGAGGUUUCUUAUCUACUUCAGGGAACUUGUGGUAUGCUUUAUUAGAUUUUUUGUAUGCUUAAGGUAACUUGUCUCUUUAGAUGGCUUGUGGUCUGCUUCAUAGAACUUGUGGUAACUUUAUAAGGUUAUGCUAUGAUUCAUGGAACUUGUGGUACAGUUUAUGAGGCAUCUAGUAUGUUUCAGGGAAUUUGUGUUAUACUUUAUUAGGUUUCUCGUCUGCUUAAGGGAACUUUUGAUAUGCAUCGAGUUUGCUGAUAUACUUUAAUUUUAUGGUGUGGUGAAGUUAUGGUUCUCUGUAUAUGCUUUCUAGUAUAUUUCAUACUAUUUUAUUGUGUGGUAUGCUUCUCGUUAAUAUUUUUUGGUCUGAUUAAUGAUACGUGAGAAGCGGAAUAAACGUGCAGACGGGUAUAGCCACACGUGUGUGUCCCCUAUAUUUCAUAAUGACAAGUUUGUUGAGAAGCGGAAUAAACGUGCAGACGGGUAUAGCCACACGUGUGUGUCCCCUAUAUUUCAUAAUGACAAGUUUGUCCCUCCUUUUUAAAUCACCACUAAUUGUGGUGAACCUUUUUGAAUAAAAAGCCAUCAAAACGACAAUAUUCAUAUUGUCUUAAUCUAGUGUUUGCACCAUUCUAUUUAAUUGGAUGUUAAUACUCUUAACUUUUGCCAAAAAUUUGACACCCACCCCCAACAAAAAUCCCCCACACAUUUAAUAUGUUUGGUAUUAUUUUCUGUUUCCAAUAUUCAUUAAAUUCUUUACGUCAAUAAAAACAACCACUUUACGCCCAUAAAGAAGUAACUAAACACGUUUCUAUUUCUGAGUCCAAAAAAGUAACUAAACACGUUUUUACCUCCACUCAAUUAGUUUCACCCAAACUUCAUCCUGAUUAUGGAUAGAUCACCCAUUUUUUAUUUUCAACUUUCUUGAUAUCUUUUUUUUGGUUGAAUUAGAUUUCUUUUAUUAAACAUGAAUCGCAAAUCACGAUUCAUAAUCCGAUACAACGAAAGGAAGCAACCAUUGUGGUGUUCCAAGAAGAACAAAACAGAAAGCUAAGACAUGCUAUCAACUAGUUCAACCAUCAGUACUCAAAGAUAUUUGGCGAUCGUAUACGACCUUAGAAAUGCUCCUAGUCAAUUAUCCACUGAUCUAUCUUAUGCACAGCCGGAUGCCAAUUGCCAAAGACACACAGUUUGAACCAGUUAAUAUGUCUCCAUGCCUGCAUGGUGGAUAUGCCCCACCUACAGAAAGAAGUUGUGAGGAAAUAUAUCCAUCGUCGACAGAAUUGUGGUUUGUAGAUUGUAGUCUGUAGACACCAUAGCUGCAGAUAUUUCUGCAACAACAACACAGGUUCAUAAAUUUUAUAUGGUCACAGCACAACGGGGACAAAAAGGAGAAAAGAUCAUAGAAAAAUAAUGUACAGGUGGAAGCAAAAUAGAAAGUGUCAGGAGAUAUAUAUAUAUAUAGUUUCUAUUAGGAAAAGGAUAUAUAUUGUUUAUGUAGGAACUGGGAAUGGGAAACAGUCCGGUUCGAUUUUAACCGGAUAGGGUUGAUCCAGUUUCUUAAAACCAGAUUGGAUAUACACACGAUCAAAGACGGGAUUGGAUUGUUACACGGUUUUAAUCAAUAUUCCAGUUUCAUGAAGGGACAUAUCCCUUUGGCCUAGUGGCGGUUGAUUUUAUGGAUGAGGAUGAAACUUAUGGAUAAGAACGAUUCUUAUGGAUAAGGCUGACUUUAUGGAUAAUGACAAACUUAUGGAUCGGGACAACCUUUCGAAUGGAUGAAGGCAACAUUUCAUAUGGAUAAAUGGAAACUUUCAUGAAACAAUGCAUGGAUUCGGCCCCUAAUAUAUGCGUGGGAUGGAUGAUGCCACAGACCAUCAAACAUAUUCUUCUUCUUUCUUCUAAAGGCUUCUAAGUACGUUUUACCGUUCGUAAAUCUAGAACCUAAAGUGGUGAUAGUUUUAUACUACGAAGAAAUUUCCUGUAACUCAAGGCUUUGAAGAGGGUGAAAAUAUUCUUUACGAAAAGUGAUCGUACUUCACGACUCUAUAAUAACCCUAGUCACCCGGUUUGGGGCUAUCACAUGAAAAGAGAUAAAGGGUAAAGAUUGAGAUUACUAUAUUCAUGGAUAGCUUGAAUGUGAAUUGGGCAAGGUUAUAAAAUGGCAAUUGAAAUAAUUUUUAGUGAAAUUGGUAAUUGUGUAGGAUACUAUGGAUGGUAAGGGUAAAACCCACGUGAAAGAGUUUUUUUUAUGGGUAUUGGUAGAACUCGAAUUCAAAUAUUUGAGAAUUGGGUGGAUAUGAUUUUUCCACUAUCCAGCUCGAAUCAGCUCGAUAUACAUAUGCGCAUAUAUUUUAUUUAGAAAUAGUCUUUAUUUUUCACUCUUUAUCUAAUUCUUCUCGUUCUAGUGUUUUAUUGUUGUACUUUUCACUUAUACAAUGUCGAUAUACGUGUAAUUUUAAACAUAUUUCUUGAAGUUAUAAAAAAAUUACCAUCUAUGGAUAUUCGAAACCCAAUAUGAGUAAGUGUAAAAGGUGAACUACCUUAAACAGAAUAGUAAACAUAGACUAUCUGCCCCGACCCAAUGCCAUCCAGAUAUUUACCAUUCGAAAGUAAAACUUGAACUACUUUAAAUGGAAUAAUAGACAGGGAAAAAAUCCAAAAGUAUAUUCGCUCUUAAAAACAAUUCCCAAAAUACACACGAUUUAUGAAGUAUUCCCAAUCUACACAUGUUUGGACUUCACCGCGACCGUCAAACACGGUGACUUACAUCACCGCGACUGACAAUCGCGGUGAAUGGUUCACCGCGGCCGACAUAUGUGUAAUAAAAAAAAGUUGUGACGUUUGGGUUGUAGAGGGGAUGGCAAUAGGUCGGGUCGGGGGCGGAUAGUGCAUAUCCGUUACCCUACCCAAAGUAGUUCGGGUUUUACCCCAUACCCAUACCCACAUGAGAAAUGUGUAGAAAAUCAAAACCAUGCCCAUACCCGUUUGGGUUUCGGGUAUCCAUGGGUAAUAAUUUCUUUUUAUAACUCCAAUCAAUAUGUUAACAUUCACACUUAUACUUGCAUUGCGUAAGAGGAAAAGUACGAAACAAUUCACUAGAAUGAAAAAAAUUAAUUAAAACAACACAAUUUCAUGAAAAUGUUAUAUUUAUAUGCUAAAUAUAAAAUAUGUUAGAGAAAAAUAAUGAUUAUUUCUAGACAAAAUACAUAUGCAUGUGUAUAAUCGGGCGGGUACGGGUUGGAUAGUAAGACACCCAUGCUCACCCAUUACCCGCAAUUUUUGGGUUCGGGUUUUACCCGUACCCACUAAAAGUCUUUCGAGUUCGGGCCUUACCCUACCUGAUUAGAUCGGAUUCGGGCGGAUAUCCACGGUUACGGAUAUUUUUGUCAUCCCUACACAAAGUUAUAACCUUUCAAAGUUGGGCAAAAUCUAAAAAUUGCUCGUUUGGGAUAGCAAAUAAUGAUUUUUCCAGGACAAAGUUUGUACCAAUUCGCCUAUGACUGUUUGAGAAUUGAAAGUUCUUGAAUAAUUAUGCGGAAUAAAUAAAAAAAUUCGAUACGAUUGGAUAAUCAAGCGCAAAGUCAUGUUCAUUCGAAAUUUUGACACAGGUUAGGCGUUCACUGCAUUUUGACCACCACGCCGCCAUGUAGAUCAGGAACAUUUUUUUUAUAACAUAUGUAUUUUGUCAAUUUAUUUUAAUAACAUGUGUAUUUUGAGAUUUUUUUUUUCCAUAAUAAACAAUACACCAUCCUCAUGCUAACGUAAUGAAUGCACCGCAGAAAAAUGGGAGGAAGGUCGGCAACUUUCAGCCGCCACACCAGUAAUAUAGAUAGGCGCUCUAGUAACCGCCACUCGUGGGCUACGGCCGAUGCUGCCUCGCCACGUUUGCUAUGCAAAUGCAAAUGCAACGCUUUCUUCUUCUUCUUCUUCUUCUUCUUCUUCUUCUUCUCCCACUAUCACGUCGGUAAUGUGAUUCAAUUUCUGACCUUCGUUGUCACAAAAUUCCCAAUAAACAGAAGUGGCAUAUUCAGAUUCAUCCUAUAUUUAUAUGGUUCUCUGUUUGUUUACAUCCUUAUCAGUUCAUCACACGCGCGUCCAUCGUUUUCUGGCCUAAUAGUGUGGGAAUUUUGUUCCUUACUUACUAUCGUGCUAGUGCUCUAUCCUUUCUUAUUUGAUUAGGAUGGAUGAUUUGACCAUACUUGUGAUUACCUGCCCACUUGAUAAUAAGUGCAUUUGAUUCAAGAAUCGGGAACACAUUGAAGAAGUUUAAUCGACAUGAGAGGGGAGAGAGAGAGAGAGAGGAAUGAAUCUAUGGGCACAAGUUGUGCUAAAGUUAAAAUGCCAAGCUACAUUUUAUUGCUAAUAUAGUAUGGAGUUGUUCUUUUUAUCAAUGAUUGUGAAAUGAUGUCGGAAGUUAUAACGGGAAAAAAAUUAGUGAUAGGUUGUUUGUAAUUAUCGUGGUUGGACUGUGGUUCGGCCGUUUCUUACCACUAAAUCGUUUACAAUUUGGAGGCAGGUGAUUGGUUAUCGAUGGCGUCGACGAUGAGAUUGUCAGAAAUGUGAUUCAUGGAGAUUGAUGAGAUCUCAUGAAAAAACUUGUAAGUUAUUUGUGUUAACUCAGUGAGAACCACGUAACCCGUAAUAAACGAGAGCAAGAGAAAGAGAGGUGAUAAGGUCUUGAUUGAGUGAGAGCAUAAGGUCUCACUCUUUAAGUCAAGUUGAACAACCAAAGUUCUUCUAAUUAACGACGAUUAAGGUUUUGGUGUUGGAGAACUAGGGCAGUAUGUAUAUCAAUUUAUCCAUCGUUGUUCAUGAACAAGGUACGUAGUUUGUUGGUAGGUCGAUAAUUAAUAAUGUUUUAACAAAUAUCAUACUCAACUUACCGAUAAUACCUAGUUUUGGGAUAUUCUCCAUGUACUUCGAGUUACCUAUUUUCGGGAUAAUACCUACAUGUGCGCUUAAUCUUACGUUUAGGUGGUAGACAACAUCAAAAUGCUUCGUUUGAGGGUUCUGCAGUCAGUUAAGAAUCCACAACACUAUGGCGUAGUACGGUGAUAUUUAGAUGUCGUCUGGGUGUAAUUAAAGUGAAGCUAAGCAGUCAAUAUCAAAAUGGAGAAAUUAAAAUCAUCUCAAAACACACUCUUUUCUCUUAAUAUUUUCAAUAGCUUAAGAUUUUUUUUAUGGCUAUUGAGCUAUGAUUCCGUGAACUUGUAAGUUACUUUUUCUUAUUGUUAAGUAAAUUAUAAAUAAUUCGAACUAAUAGUAUUGUAAAACAUCUAUUUCAUUAAUCAUUUAGUAAAUAACUAGUAACUACUAUUUUUUUUCUUCUUCUGGGGCGCGCAGGCUCUCUCAGUCAAGUUAAGUCGCUAGACAAGAUCCCAACAACCUACCUUACCCCCUAGCGUCUUUUUGAACCUUUGUCACAACUACUCAAACAUUUCCUCGUCUCCAAACUUUAUUUUUUUGUUAGUUGUUUUGCUCCAAAAUUCGAACCCAUAUGAUUUGAUGUUUUUACCUCCUAAUUAUCGGUACGUCAAUCGAUUGAUAUUUCUCUAAUGGAUUUUUUUUACUUUUCCCCAACCGCAAUAAUUACAUUUUCAACUUUUGUUACCAGGUACGAAAUUUGGUAGUGGGAAGGACACGUUGAUUGAUAUGGAUAAACGAAGGACGACUAUUAAAAUCAGUGACCUUGUGAUCGUGAAAGCCAAAAAAAAAGGGGGGACCCGACCGACCUGGUUCACGGGUUCGGUUCACUAUUCUUUGUGUUCGCUCGUCACCAUCCACCCACUUAACCAUCUUCUUCACAAAAAAUCACACUCUCUCCCUAUAAAUAUUAACCCUCCUUUCUCCAUCUCUCGUUCAAUUCGACCAUCACAAAGAAGAAGAAACCAUGCCGUCUUUCUUCAUUCUCUCACUAGUUCUCGUCCUCGUCCCACAGCUCUGCGUCGUGGGCCGCCACCACGGCCAUCACAUAGCCGGCGACCAGAAGAUAGCGGGCUUUCCCCAGAUGUCCAACCAGGCCGGGGGCUCGUCAUCGCCGUCUUCGGGCUCGGCCCAUGGGCCCAACUGGGAGUAUAAUUGGGGCUGGGGCUCUACCCCGGGUACUGGUUACGGAUACGGCUCCGGCUCGGCUCGAUCUCCCAACGGCUUCGCCAAGGGUUUCGGGUACGGGUACGGGUCUGGGUCCGGGUCGGGUUCUGGAUCGGGUUACGGGUACGGGUCUGGGUCCGGCGGCGGCGUUCGUGCUGGUGGGUCGGGUUCUGGAAGUGGCGGCGGCGCCGGCACUGGAGGAGGAAGUGGAGCUGCGAGUGCCCGCGGCGGCGGCGGCGGCGCGGACUCUGCUCGGGAUGGAAACCGCCAUGGCUGAUGUGGCUAUAUAUAUAUGUACUACUGUGAUCUCUCUCUCUCUGUCUCUUGUUGUUAUCAUGUUAUGUAAUGUUUUACUGUGUGUAUUUUUACUGCUUGAAUUACUGUUUACCCCCAGUGGUAUCCUACAGGUAAUUUGGUAAGUUGGGCGUAGCUCGAUCUUUGUGGUCAAAUGGUGUGUGUUUAUUAGGGGAUCAGUGUAUGCAAAUUGUAGAAUCAGAACCCACUGUGUGCAAUUAUGCAUACUAUUACAUAACUACUUUGUGUGUUGUUUUAGCGAUGCUUUCAUGUUUUGCUUAAAUAGAAUUUGCUUAUUAGAGCUUGGUCCACGAAUAAUGGUUUGGUCUAGCAGUAAUAUCAUUAAUUUUAAUCGUGUAUUACUAAUUUUAAUCGUGUAGUUCUCAAGUUUGAAUCCUUUGAAUAGUACUUAAAACCACAAAAAAGUGAACUUAUAUCACUAUUAAAUAAAAAUAAAAAAGAAUUUCGUUGGAAACCUAUAUAAUGUACUAGUUAAGACGAACAAAGGUUUGGUCUAAUGGUAAUAUAAUUAGUCUUGAAUUUGGAGAUCUCAGAUUUCGAAUUCAUGAAGUAAGACCCAAACCCCAAAAAUAAAUAAACAUAUAUCACAAUUAUAAAAAAAUAUAAUGGUUAAGUAAAUAGGCCUUUAUUAAAGAGGUCAAGAGUUCAAUUCCCCAUCCCAUCAACUUUGAAAAAUACCAACUUAAUGUGUAAGAUUAAGGAUUCAAUUCCCCACCUGAACGCCCUUACUACGGGGAAAAAGCCAAGAUCGCUUGUGAUGUCUCACGACCCACUUAAAGAUCGUAUCUGAUCCUAUUUCAUAGAAUGAAAUGAAAACUGACCUGUGCUCCCCCAUCACCAAUGUUGAGAUUCGCCGUGUUGUCUUCGAUCUUGAUCCCUCCUAGGCUUCGUGAUCAAAUGGUUUUCCAGGCCAUUUCCUUUGGAAAUUCUGGCCAACUGUUUGUGAUAAACUGUUGGAUGAGGUGAUGAACUCGAUCUUUUUAUGAGGGUCGUGUUAGAAGGAUGACAUACCACCCACAAGGCACUUGUCUAAAAAAUUGACUCACCAUAACUCAUCAGCCAAUAUAGAUCUAUUAGUUCCUAAAAUUUUAGUAUGAAAUUAUUUGCAAGAUCUUGACGUCCCAUCUUCACAAAUGGCUACUCCCACUUUUGUUAGAGCCUCAAAUUCCCUUCAUGGGGAGAAUUCGAAUCCAUGACAACAUCAUUACUGUACAUGAGGCUCUUAAUCACUUCAAGAAGCAAAAAACGGCCAACGAACGAGACGUAAUGCUAAAAAUGGGUAUGCACAAAGCUUUUUUAUAUAAGGAAAAUUUUUGUUUAGAUAAGGGGGGUAUGCGCAAAGCUUAUAAUCUAGUCAAGGGAGGCUGUCUGGAGAACCUCCUCAAUUUAUAGUAUAUAUGACCAGUGGUGUAGAUACAUUUAACGAUGUGUGAGAAAAGUUAAGUUUGACAUCCUUAUUGACGGAGGAGCUUCUACGCAAUUCACUCGCACGAGAGGAAAUAGAUUGAGACCCUCUUUCUUCGCCCCUCUUUAUCCUUAUGCCCAAUGCAAUUACCUUUUUUUAUAAACAAUGCAUUUAAUGGAAGCCACAUAAAAGGCAUAAAAAUCAAUAGAUGUUGCCCUAUUCUCACCGGUUGUCUGAUGACACGGUGACUUUUAGGAACAAUGACUUUCACGAAUUUUAGGAAUCAUCAAAGACUAUGGUGCAAUUACAAGACAAGAACUGAAUAAUAGCAUGUCCUUUAUCUUCUUUAGCGACAAUAUACUAGCAUAAGAUAAGUCCAACAUCAUUCAGAUAUCUACUAACAAUUUUCGACCCACCCUUGUCGAGAUUCCUUGGCCAACCUAUAUUCACCUUCGAAUUGCCACUCCAAAUAUCUCAAGAGUACCCAUAGAAUGAGGAAUAUCAUGAAAAGGAAGAGAAUGAAAAAUCAAGAGAAGG